AUGAUGGUGCUGAAUGCCAAGCUGAAGUCCAGGAACAGCAUCCGCACGUUUGCCUUCGGCUUGUUGCUGCUGCUGCUGACUCUGCAACAAAGUCACUCUUCUUCUUCUGCCAGGCUAGAUGGAGAUUGGAAUCAAUAUUUACAGGAUCCAGACUAUGAGAAACUGAAGAACAUACUUGAAAACGGACUCCCAAAAACACAAACACCGUCUCGUUUUGUUAUUGUUGGGGCUGGCAUGGCCGGACUCACUGCUGCCAAACUGCUGGAAGAUGCUGGACAUAAGGUCACCAUAUUGGAGGCGAGUGAGCGAGUUGGAGGACGCGUGUUGACCCACAGGAACGAAGAAGAGGGCUGGUAUGUCGAAUUAGGGGCCAUGAGGAUUCCAUCUUUUCAUCACAUUCUCCGCCAGUUAAUUCGGCAGCUGAAUACUCCCACAACGCCUAUUCACUUGAAUGCCUUCAACAUGACUGACGGAAACACCUAUUACCUGGUGAAUGGGAAGAAGCACAGGACUUCUGAAGUAAUUAAAAACCCCGACAUCCUGCCUUACAAUCUACCCUCUGAUGAGAAGCACAAAUCAGCCAGUGCUCUGCUGGAGGAGGCUUUGGAGGAGGUGAAGGUUUACGUAGAAAGAUAUGGGUGGCAUGCAGCGCUGAAGAAGUUUGAUCGCUUCUCUGUAAAGCAAUAUCUGCACGAAAGAAGCCAUUUAAGUUCAGAGGCCAUUAGGAUGAUCGGCGACAUACUGAAUGAAAACAGCAUCAUGGACAAGGCUCUGACUGAGAUGAUUUACCUCGAGAAUGAUGUCAGCGACGGUGUGACAUACGAUGAAGUGACUGGUGGGACGGAUCUGAUCCCCACAACUUUGUUCAGUACCCUUAAAAGUACCACCACCAUUUUCAGCGCUAAAGUCAAGAAGAUCAGCCGGUCAGAAGAAACAGUGACAGUGUCGUAUCAGCCUGAAAACGCACAAAGCAGCCUCGAGAGCAUCGAAGCUGAUGCUGUUCUGGUCACAUCCUCUGCCAAAGCAACUCUCUUUAUUGAUUUUGAACCUCCUCUCCCCACGCCCAAAAUGGAGGCUAUGAGGUAUGUCCACUAUGGAAGCUCCACCAAAGUUGUCCUCACCUUCAGCGAGAGAUUCUGGGAGAAAGAAGGCAUCUAUGGAGGAAAGACCAUCACAGACCGGCCCUCUCGAUUCAUCUACUACCCCAGUCAUGGAUUCCCAGGAAACAAAAAGAUCGGCGUCCUCCUGGCUUCCUACACCUGGGCUGAAGACUCCCGCAACUUGGUGGGUUUGACAGAUGAAGAGCUGAAAGAGGUGGUCCUGAAAGACCUGGAACUGAUCCACGGCGAACAGGUCAGGUCUCUCUGCACGGGCGUGCUGGUCAAGAAGUGGAGUCUGGACCCUCACAGCAUGGGCGCCUUCGCUCUCUUUACACCCUAUCAGAACGUGGAGUACGCCAAAGAGCUCUUCAAGAACGAGGGCCGGAUUUAUUUUGCUGGUGAGCACACAGCAUUCCCUCACGCUUGGAUCGAGACGGCUAUGAAAUCUGCAAUCAGGGCCGCUCAAGCCAUGACAACGGAGGCACCAAGUCCUCUGGGUCCAAACACAGCCAGAGAUGAGCUGUGA